UUGACCAAUAACAAUUUCCACGUUAGCGUUUUUAUUGUCGUUAUUUAUACGUUUAUUAACAUCAUGUAACUCAAAAUAUGAUUAAUUUAACUGCACAGCAUCACAUUAUUUCCCCAGGCAGUGUUUAGUUUGCGUUGGAGACGGGACUUGUUUGAUAUAUGUUAUCUACUGUUAGCUAGCUGCUAGCUAACGAUGGCUAACUGUAUGGUUUUCCACACGCAAAUAGCCUCCAUCAUGGAGGUGCUAGCGAAUGCAGCCGUAGCAGAAAUCUGUAAACUCGUAGACGACGAAUAUGCAGUGUUUCGUUUGGAAAUAACUCAAAGCCAGAAAGAAAACAAGGCAUUGCGGAGGAAACUACAGCUACAAGAACUGAAGGUGGCACGGGAGCGCGCAGAAAGGACAACGCAAGAGCGCGUCCUCGCCAGUCAUCCCAGUAGUGUCAAGAUCCUCGACCAGUACAGAGGAAUGGCAAGAGUGACUCUCUCAGGUGAAGAACAUCUCACUGGAGGCCACAGGAGCUUUGUGAAGCCUGCAGGACACAAAACUUGGAGAGAUGACCAACCAAUCACUGUUGAUGAGGGGAGUGGAACCUCAACCAAGAACGUUAUCGUGAUAGAGUCUGUAGAUGCAGAGGCUGCUGGUCCUGGGGUCAAGCAGGAGAGAUCUGAAAGAGAGGAGGAGGACCCACGACACAGCAGAGAGAUCCAGACUGGAGCGGCCCAUGAAGCCACGGAGGUCCCUACCACCACCGCCCCAGCGCCGCCCAGUACCCGACGUAGCAUCACGGAGGAGGGUCCAGAUGUGGAGGGUCCAGAUGUGCUGCUGGUAAAGGAGGAGGGGUGUGAGGAGGGUCUGGGGAACCCUGAGGUGACCAUGGUCAUGGACAAACAAACUACACCUCCUCCUGAACCCAAAGAGGCACCAGCUGAGCAGCACAGGACCACACACAGUCUCACUGAGUCAGUAGACAUGGAAGAUGGGAAGCCUGAUCUGCUGCUGGUCAAAGAGGAGACAAUAGAAGAUGGACCAGAGAGCAUUGAUCUGCUGAGUGGACUAAAGAUGGGGGAGCAAUGUGGUUGGUUGGAGGCUAACAGAGGAGACUGGGUGAACAUCUUGGAUUCCCAGACCCAGACCGGUGCAGCCAAGGGCCUAAGGGACAACAUCACUGAGCAGGCCAGGACCAGAGGUGACAUAGUGGAGUCUGCAGUCCAUGAAGACCUGCUGAUAUCCGGUGUUGCUAGAGGGAGAGACUGGACCUCUGAAUCGGCUGGUCACAAACCCUGGCCCCGGAUCAGAACCCUGGAUCAGGAGCCGUCGCUCUUCCUUCCCGAGUCGGAACCAAGACCCAACCACGAGGGACAGAGACUCCACCACCACACAGAACACAACCAGUGGACAGGUGGACUGAACAACAGUCCUGGUGGUCAUCAGAGAGACAGAGGCUCCAGUCAGGGAUCCAGUCUGCAGCACAGACCCUUCUCUUCACAGUCUCAGUGCAGGGAUGAAGCAGGGCCUGGGGCUGAUAGAGACAGACCCUCCUGUUCCUAUGAUACAAACACCACAGUAUCCAUGAUGAACAGAGCAGGUCACCCUGGGCUUCAGCCUUCACAGAGAGUGGUGGGAGACCCCCCUGGUGGGAGUCUAUCAGCAAAUCUGUCUUCUCCUUCAGGAUCUCGCCUAAUGCCUGGUGACUGGGUUCAUAGACAGCCUGGGCCUGGGUCUAGCCUUCCUCAGUUACCUCAUGGUUACCCCACGAAUACAGACCGGGUCAGGAUUGGCGUUCACCACGAGAGUUACCUAGCCUAUAACACAGCACACAAUCCCAACAACACCCAAACAAUGGCUAGAGGUCAAGGAGUGAGCUCAAAGACUAACCACCUGAGGGUGGUGGCUCCUGCUUCUACCUCCUCUGGUGUCAUUGAGUCACAACAUGGGAGGCCGAGCAUUAGGUCGGACGCCGACAAGCCGUACGCCUGCCCCACGUGUGGAAAGCGCUUUGCUGAGGCAAACUAUGUGAAGAGGCACCAGACAGUUCACACAAAUGAAAGGCCCUUCAAGUGCAAACUAUGUUACAAGAGCUUCUCCUUCCUGACUAACCUGAUCAGACAUAGGAGUGUCCACAAAGGGGAGAAAUCGUAGGAGUGUGGCUUGAGAUGUACACAGGAUAUCUGGGAACUAUUCUUUAGCUGACAUACUGAAUUAUAAUUAUCAUGUGAAGUGUCUCAGUUGAGCAUUUGAGUAUGCUCACCAUCUCUGAUGAUACAGACUUGUUGUUUGGUGUGCAGGCAUAGCCAAAACAUAGUCAUUUUAUUGAAGUGUAACUAUAUCUCCCCUCUGAAUUUGGUUUUGUCUAUAUUCUAUACCCUCUUUUUAAUAAUAUAUUUAUAACACCCCCUAAUGUUAUUGGGCAUAAUCAGGUGGUACCUGUUCCUUUAUGUACUGAAACAAUGUGAUCAAAUCUGUUAAUACAUUUUGAACCAUGUUGUCCUUUUGAUACACUACAUGACCAAAAGUAUGUGGACACCUGCUCGUCCCAACAUCUCAUUCCAAAAUCAUGGGCAUUAAUAUGGA